GCUGGUACAUUGGUGUGGUCUUUCUCUGACAGCUGGUACAUUAGUGUGGUCUUUCUCUGACAGCUGGUACAUUAGUGUGGUCUUUCUCUGACAGCCAGUACAUUCGUGUGGUCUUUCUCUGAAAGCCGGUACAUUAGUGUGGUCUUUCUCUGACAGCUGGUACAUUAGUGUGGUCUUUCUCUAACAGCUGCAGGUACAUUAAUGUGGUCUUUUUCUGACAGCUGCUGGUACAUUAGUGUGGUCUUUCUCUAACAGCUGCAGGUACAUUAGUGUGGUCUUUCUCUGACAGCUCCAGGUACAUCCGUGUGGUCUUUCUCUGCCAGCCGGUACAUUAGUGUGGUCUUUCUCUGACAGCUGCUGGUACAUUAGUGUGUUUCUCUAACCUCUCCUGGUUGGUGGAUGAUUGUUAUGUUGUCUAUAUAACUGUUCUCUCUGUGUGUGUUGUCUCCACAGACGCUGAUAUGCAGUGAGGAUGAGUGGCGUCGGUGAAAACCUCUCGGACCCUGCUGCCAGGGCCGAGUCACGGAAACGCAAAGAAUGUUCCUCUGACCUACUGGGUCCCAGCCUCAAACGAAGCAACGAGAAGAGAAACCGCGAGCAUGAGAACAAGUACAUUGAGGAGCUGGCCGAGCUGAUCUUCGCCAACUUCAACGACAUCGAUAACUUCAACGUCAAGCCUGACAAAUGUGCUAUUCUCAAGGAGACUGUCAAACAGAUACGACAGAUCAAGGAGCAAGAGAAAGCAGCAGCAGCCAAUGAGGAGGAGGUACAGAAGGCGGAUAUCUCAUCAACGGGCCAAUCCGUCAUCGACAAGGAGGCUCUCGGACCAAUGAUGCUGGAGGUGAGUCUGAGAGCUGCUGCUACUGCUGGGCUGGACCGGGCUGGGUUGGGCUGGGCCGGCUGGCCUAUGGAGCGAGCUAACAGAGUCUGUACUCAGAGAGUGUGGGUGUGA